UGUAUGUUUUAACCAGCGAAGUGACUAUAUAAACUGGAAUAGAUUCGACUAAUCAAACAGUUUUGUCGAACCUCACUGAGCUAUCAGCCCGUAGUCAUAAAAAUGAAAUCGAUUAUCAUUAAUAUCUUGCAGUUGGUAGCCUUGGUGUCCUGUGAACCACCAAACCUACAAAAUCCUGGAAGCAAUUUCUACAACCUUGGAACUAACGGAGAAUACCACUACGGUUACAACGAUGGACAGACCGUGAAGGAAGAAUGGCGUACUUCCGACGGAACAGUUCACGGCUAUUACAGCUAUUUCAAUGAUAUCAAAUCGCUUCAAACGGUUCGAUAUCGUGCAGAUUCCGCGAAUGGAUUCGUGAUUCUGUCAGACAAUCAAGCCCCAGAAACGAACCCUAAUCUUCAAGCCGCUGUACAACCUACCAGCGUUACUGCUGAAUCACUCAGCACGGAUCUACCCAUGACAACAGAUGAUCCUCUCAACCAGCAACAACAAAAUCAGCAAAAGCAAGAGCAACAACCAGAAUGCUUGAAUGUUUCCACUGCAAGGGCUCCUCCGAUAACUUCUACAGCAUCAACUGUCGAAGUUUCCACAGUGAGCACCUCAGCUGUUAGUAGACCAACACUCCCUGCUGGAAUUGUGUCCCUAACAGAUCUCCUCAAUCAAUACCAGCAGUCUAAUAAGAAUCGCAAGGAGCCACCUAAGCCUUUUUCUAACGUAGCAACGCAUGUUUGAUAAAUUGCCACCGCAAAUUUGUACCAGUUUUUGAAUAAUAUCAAUAAAAAAAACCUAAAUUAAUCCACCUAGCGGUCAGACUCAGCCU